GAUUGGCUACGAGUCCAGACAUAGGUCUACACUGUUGGCUCUCACAAUUAAUCCUCCUCUCUCACUCUAACUCUCUGCUCUUGAUAUGUGUCGUCAUCUCUUUUCAAGCUUAGCAGCUCUUUAAGCAGCUCAUAAUUUCUCUGCUCCCUGGACAGGAGUGUCUUUAGAGGGCACAAGCAUGCGCUGUGUUUUAAGCCAAGGAUGACUCAGCGAUGGUAGGGCUCCUACAGAACGCGGGUCCAGGGUGAGAGGAAGAGGGAACUUUAUGACAGAGUAUUAGGAUGGCCAGUGAAGGCUCCAGUAGCAUCCCCAGCCCUGUGGUGCGACAGAUCGACAAGCAGUUCCUGAUCUGCAGCAUAUGCCUGGAUCGCUACGACAACCCCAAAGUGCUGCCCUGCCUCCAUACUUUCUGUGAGAGGUGCCUCCAGAACUACAUCCCGGCCCACAGCCUGACACUGUCGUGCCCCGUGUGCCGCCAGACGUCCAUCCUGCCGGAGAAAGGCGUGGCAGCGCUGCAGAGCAACUUCUUCAUCACCAACCUGAUGGAUGUGCUGCAGCGGCCCCCCAGCGACAGCUGCAGCCAGGAGAACGCCGUGUUGGAGACCAUCAGCUCUGUGGCCACGGGACAACCGCUCUCCUGUCCCAACCACGUAGGAAAUGUGAUGGAGUUCUACUGUCCACCGUGUGAGACCGCCAUGUGCCAGGACUGUACGAGCGGCGAGCAUGCCGAGCACCCCACUGUACCCCUCAAAGAUGUGGUCGAGCAGCACAAGGCCUCACUGCAGGAACAGCUUGACGCCGUCAAAAACCGGCUGCCUGAAAUCGACUCGGCCCUGCAGGUGCUGUCAGAGAUCCUGCAGCAGCUGACCAAUCAGAAGAGCUCCAUCGAGGGGGACAUCCACACCACGUUCGAUGAGUUGCAGAAGACCCUGAACGUCCGCAAGAGUGUCCUGCUCAUGGAGCUUGAGGUCAACUACGGCCUCAAGCAGAAGGUGCUCCAAGCCCAGCUGGACACAUUAUUCCAGGGCCAGGAUGGCAUCAACAGCAGCUGCAAUUUCACCGAGCAGGCCCUGAGCCACGGCACCGAGGCCGAGGUCCUGCUCGUCAAGAAGCAGAUGAGCGAGCGACUCAGCGAGUUGGCCAGCCGAGAGCUACCCCUACAGCCCGGGGAGAACGACCAGCUGGACUUCCUGGUGGAGACGGAGGGCCUCAAGAAGUCCAUCCACAAUCUGGGUACUAUAGUUACAACGAAUGCUGUGGCGUCUGAGACGGUGGCCACGGGCGAGGGCCUGAGGCAGUGCGUUGCGGGCCUGCCCACCUCUGUCACCAUCACGACCAAGGACAAGGACGGUGAGCUGUGUAAGAUGGGGAAAGCUAACAUCACGGCGGAGAUUGCCACGCCGGACGGCAGCGUGGGCGACGGCGAGAUACUGGACAACAAGAACGGGACGUACGAGUAUCUGUACACGGCGCCGAAAGAGGGUAGUUUGACGCUGUCGCUGCGUCUGUACGACCAGCAUAUUAAGGGGAGUCCCUUUAAGAUUAAAGCGACAAAGUCGGCCGAUGUGUCGCCCAGUACGGAGAGCGCUAAGAAGAGGUUGAAGUCACCGGGGAGUAGCCACGUCAAGCAGAAGGCCAUCAAGAGGCCAGCCAGUAUGUACAGCACGGGGAAGAGGAAAGAGAACCCCAUCGAAGAUGACCUCAUUUUCAGGAUCGGUACAAAGGGAAGAAACAAAGGGGAAUUCACCAAUCUACAGGGUGUGGCUGCCUCCUCAGUAGGCAAGGUGUUGAUAGCAGACAGCAAUAACCAGUGUGUUCAGAUCUUCUCUAACGACGGUCUGUUCAAGAGUCGCUUUGGGGUGCGUGGACGGUCUCCAGGGCAACUGCAGCGGCCCACAGGAGUGGCGGUCCACCCCAACGGUGACAUCAUCAUAGCCGACUAUGACAACAAGUGGGUUAGCAUCUUCUCCAGCGACGGGAAGUUCAAAAAUAAGAUUGGCUCGGGCAAGCUGAUGGGCCCCAAAGGCGUGUCGGUGGACAGGAACGGCCACGUCAUCAUCGUGGACAACAAGGCGUGUUGCGUCUUCAUCUUCCAGCCCAACGGCAAGCUGGUCACCAAGUUUGGUAACCGCGGAAACGGCGACCGGCAGUUUGCAGGUACACUCAAUGGUCCUCACUUUGCAGCAGUCAACCAUAACAAUGAGAUAAUUGUUACGGACUUCCAUAAUCAUUCUGUGAAGGUGUUCAACCCUGAGGGGGAGUUUCUUCUGAAGUUUGGUUCCAACGGGGAGGGGAAUGGCCAGUUCAACGCCCCUACGGGGGUGGCAGUGGACGUCAACGGGAACAUCAUCGUGGCAGACUGGGGCAAUAGCCGAAUACAGGUGUUUGAUGGCAGCGGUUCGUUCCUCUCCUACAUCAACACAUCGGCAGACCCUCUCUACGGUCCCCAGGGCCUGGCCCUCACCUCCGAUGGCCAUGUGGUGGUGGCUGACUCUGGGAACCACUGCUUCAAAGUCUACCGUUAUCUGCAGUAGCCCUCGCACACUUAGUGUACACACAGACACACACACACACACACACUUAUGCAUACACACUCACAUUCACAGAUUCACACACACGAAGACUUGCACACACACACACCAUCCUCAGUACGAAGUAAUGGGUGGAUUUGCACUCAUCCACUUCAACCACUAAUUCAAUCCCACCAUCCAUCACCGUUCCAUACAGAACCUCUCUCUAACAGUUCACCCUGCCGUGUGCCUCUGUAGCCUCCUUCGUGAACUCUGACCUUUAAGCUUGUCCUCCACUGACCCCCUGGACUUCAUAAGAGAAACCCUGCAUUUUCCCAGAAACGUAUUUUCUACUGUCGGCCAUGGGGAAGAGGAAGAAGGAGAAUCGGUCAUGUGAUGUAGGUGGGAGGGACUAUGAUUGAGAUCUCUAUGGAUUGGAGGAUGGAGAUUUAUUCGACUAGUUUCUGCCCCUGCCCCUAAUGUGAUAUACAGAAGUAGUAGGGUGAAGUUGUCCCUAGAUGCUGAUCUUGGCUCAGUUCUGCAUUUUCCCCAUCAAUAGUUAAGGUUAGGAUUGGCGGAGUGGAAGCUGAUCCUAGAUCUGAACUUAGGGGAAACUUCACCCCAGAGCUGAUAUACAAUACAUUCCUUUUUGUUUAAAGGGAUUGUUGGGAUGAUGAAAAAUGAUAACUGGGUAUCAUGGUUAGGUUGGACCAAUUCUUCCUUUUGUUAUUUAUUGUUGUGACAUGACACUUGAUGUAAAACUGGAAAUUAAUGUUUAUCAUGCAAUGAAAUUAAAGUACGGAAGUUGUUGCUAAUAUUAGUUUGACGGUCAACAAUGUGUAUGGAAGUGAGAUUGAAAAGAAGUAAAAAUCAAAAAUAAAGUGCCUGGACUUUAA